UCUGUAAGGUAAAAUGUUCAAACUUUCAUCUUUUAUAUAAUUAAACUAAAAACAAAGGUUUAGUUAUGCAAGUUACACGCUCGAGAAUGGACUUUCAUCUAACAUGAUUUACAUACAAACAAAAUAACCAAAAUUCUGAGAAAAUAAUGAUAAAUUCUCUUAGUAGACAACGGUUGAGAUGAUUUACAUGUAAACAAAAUAACCAAAAUUCUGAGAAAAUAAUGAUAAAUUCUCUUAGUAGACAACGGUUGAGAUAAAUUCAAUGAUCGAAUAAAAUGGUAAAAGAUUGAUUCUCAGUUGGAGCUUUUUUUGCCGCCAGAUUCAAAAGGCCAUCCCUCAACUGGAAAAACGGUCAUCCUUCAACACCCUUUAAUGUCCAAUUUUAAUCUCAAAUUCAAAACCCCAUUUCUCAUAAUCUACAUUUCAACCUCCUCCUCCUUCUUUCUUCUUCUUGCAAGACUCGCAGAAUUACAGAGAAAAUGAAACAUUCCGCCAUGACCAGACCAAGAAACAGCAGAAACUCCUUCUCAACUCUAAACCCACCACCAUUCUUUGAUUUGCUAUCACUCACCAUUCUUGCUUCCUUCUUCUCCCCCAAGAAAUUCCCCAGAACUCUAAACCCUUAUCUCUCUCUCUUCUUUCUCUCCCUCCUUACUUCUCUUGUUUUCUUGGGAAUCUCCACCAUCAAUUUCCUUCAUUCAUCCCCAUUUUAUGCAGACCCCUGUUCUCUCAAAUCCUCAAUUUCCUUCCCUUCAAUGUCUUCCUCUUCUCAGUCUCGCCUUCUCCUCUCUCUUCUCUCUCCAGUGGCUUCUUCAGCCAACCAGAAUUUGCCCAAGUUGUCAACCAGUGUAGUGGUUCCAUUGCCAGCCCAUGGAGUUUCUUCCAAUCUCUCUGAUGAAGAAACAGAGUUUUGGAAACAACCUGAUGGAGAAGGCUAUAGGCCUUGCCUUGAUUUCAGCUUUGAAUAUAGGAAGGCAUCUGCUAAGAUCUCUAAAGAGAAGAGGAGAUUCUUGAUGGUGAUGGUUUCGGGUGGAUUGAAUCAGCAGAAGAAUCAAAUUGCUGAUGCUGUUGUGAUUGCAAGAAUUCUUGAAGCUGCUUUGAUUGUCCCUGUUUUGAAGGUUAAUCUCAUAUGGAAAGAUGAAAGUAAAUUCUCGGACAUUUUUGAUAUCAAACAUUUCAAGAAGACGUUACGAGCUGAUGUUCGAGUCGUGUCGUCUCUUCCAUUCAAGCAUUUCAAGUCGAAAGAGACCAAGAUUCCUCAUGAUGUUUCUCCUCAUUGGAUUCGUUCAAGAUUUAGAACCCAACUCAAUAAAGAAGGACUUCUUGUACUAAAUGGGUUGGACUCUAAGCUCACCAAAAAUCUUCCCUUUGACCUGCAGAAGCUCAAAUGUAAGGUUGCAUUCCAUGCACUAAAAUUUGCAGCUCCAAUUCAAGAGCUUGGAAACCAGCUAACAAGGAGAAUGUGGAUUGAAGGACCCUAUAUAGCCAUCCAUCUCCGUUUAGAGAAGGAUGUUUGGGUUAGAUCUGGUUGCCGUACCGGUUUAGGUUCGGAUUAUGACAUCGUCAUUGCCGAAACUCGGAAUUUGCAACCCGAGUACCUCACGGGAAGGAUAAACAUGAGUCACAUUCAGCGUAGACGUGCCGGAUUAUGCCCUCUAAAUGCUUUGGAAAUUGCAAGGCUCUUAAAGGCUCUCGGAGCUCCAAAACAAGCAAGGAUUUACACUGCAGGGGGAGAGCCAUUUGGAGGAAAGAAGGCUUUGCAACCACUUAUCGCAGAAUUCCCAAAUAUAGUAACAAAAUACACAUUGGCAAGAGAAGGAGAGCUUUUACCCUUCAUUAACAAGUCAUCUGCCAUGGCUGCCAUUGAUUACAUUGUGUCCUUGAGCAGUGAUGUGUUCAUGCCAUCCCAUGGCGGAAACAUGGGUCGAGCUAUGCAGGGGCAUCGUGCAUAUGUAGGACAUAGAAAAUACAUAAAGCCAAACAAAAGAGCGAUGCUCGAAUACUUUGAUGAUGCAUCCAUUAGUGAAACCGAGCUAGGAAGCAUCAUGAGGAAGAUACACAAACGGUCUCAAGGCCAGCCUGAGCCUAGAACAAAGAGGAAAGACCGUGAUGUUGUUGCAUAUCCUGUGCCAGAAUGCAUGUGCAAAGCUAACGCUGCUUCUCUUAUGAUUUAAAAUCUUCAAUUCAAUACAACAAAACUGCAUUUUGAUUGUAACUCCUUUUCUUGAGUGUUAAAAAUGGAGAAACUCGACCACAAACUUUUUGAUCGUUAACACAUACUUAUGUUAGGCUC